AACUGAGAAAGAUUCAAAAAUAUCUGCAGUGAGAUGGUCCAGGAUCUGCAGCUUUUCAGUGCAGGAAGACAAAGGACUCCACCUUGAGUUCUCAGAUUUACAGAUGUGAGGACAAACAGCAUCAUGAGAUUCAGUAUAGCAUCCGCCAUCGGGACUUCAGAGCACGAAGGUCCAGAUCAGGAAGUGAAGGUAGCAUUAGCGUUUGGACUGGCCAUCGCUACGCUGGCUCAGAGUUUGGGCCACAUCAGCGGAGCGCAUCUGAACCCGGCCAUCACCGUGGGUCUGCUGGUCAGCUGCCAGAUCAGUGCUCUUCGUGCGGUUUUAUACAUUUUAGCCCAGAUGUUAGGCGCGGUCCUGGCCAGCGGGAUCGUUUACGGGAUUCGUCCAAAAGAUGUUAAAGCUCUGGGACUCAACGAGAUUGCUGGAAAUAUGACUCCAGGUAAAGCGUUCGGUGUGGAGUUCCUGGCCACCUUCCAGCUGGUGUUGUGUGUCUUAGCCGCGACGGACAGCCGCCGGAAUGACGUGAAGGGAUCGGCGCCGCUGGCCAUUGGACUGUCCGUGGGUUUGGGGCACCUGGUGGCGAUCAGCUACACGGGCUGCGGCAUCAAUCCUGCUCGCUCCUUCGGACCUGCUGUCAUUAUGAAGUCCUUUAAGAAACACUGGGUGUUCUGGGUGGCUCCUCUGAUGGCUGGAGUAGCAGCUGCUCUGCUGUAUGACUUUGUGCUGCAGCCCCACAGCGAGGCGUAUACUAAGCGCCUCCGUGUGGUCAGGGGAAAAUCAGACGAGGAAACAUCAGCAUUAAUCGACCCGUCCGGAGGCAGCGAGUCUCAGUGGCCUCGACGCUGACCACUCCGACUCUUACAUCACCAGAUUACAUAAACACCUCAAUGCAGAGCUUUUUGCCAAUGUGUGUGUGUGUAUGUGUGUGUGUAUGUGUGUGUGUGUGUGUGUGUGUGUGUGUGUGUAUGUGUGUGUGUAUGUGUGUGUGUGUGUGUGUGUGUGUGUAUGUGUGUGCAUGUGUGUGUGUGUGAGGCUACUGUCGGACAUUUUCAGGCCAUUCCACUGGUCAGAUGUCAUUUGUGUUGCGUUGAUUUUCAAUUCACAAGAGGUUUUAAACCCAGCUGAAGUUUCCUCGUGUCGUUGUUUCACUUCAAAUAAAAGUUGCAUCAUCUGAAUUUGUCUGGAAGAAAAAAGUUCUCCUUGAUUUUCGCUUUAUUUUUGUGACUGACGAGGUCACGGUGAAAAGACGACAUUUCUACACAAAUUAUCGACUGAAGAAAUGAUUCAUUUAAACAAAAAUGUGUUCUUAAGAAUAUUUGUAAUGUCUUCAUGCCGUUAAAAAAAACACUCAAUUAUGAGCUAAAUUAAGCAAAUAAAAACUGUGA